AUGUCCCUCGAUCACGCUACUCCCCGCCCUGAUUCCAACAAAGCCGCCCCAAAGUCCGCAGCGCCAAGCAAGAAGAGAUCGCAUUCGGAAUACCUUCGCGACACCAACUCCCGAUUCAAGCGCCUCACAGAGGACGUCUUUCCUCACCACCCCUACCUUCUCACCGCGCCGUCGGAUAAGCCCUUCCGGCUGGGUUCCCGGAGCGUGACAAACUGGGCCGUCGGGAAAGGCUGUUUGUUUGCGCCGGAGGAAGAGCAGCUUCAAUACAUGACUUUCCUCUCACGCCAAACCGAAGACACGCUCCUGGUCGCCGUGGGGGGAUGGUCGGACCGGAACGGGAAUAUCAUCGAGGAAGAUGAGCCGUCAAGGACAGGGUUGAAGAUGAGCAGCAAUCCGCCACAAAAGGGCCAGCAGAAGAAGAAAAUCAGUUUUAACGACUACAAGAAAAAGGCAUUGGAAGGCUCGGUCCCGGCGACUCCUGCCGCUGAGUCCAGCGCGAAGGCAGGCCCAUCUCCUUCUAAUACGCGAAACGAAUGCUCUACAAAACCAGCCGCGAAAGAUGACGACGAUGCUCGCGCACAAAAACAAUUGUCACCCGUCUCGCUUGAUGAACCCUCAUCUAAAAUCCGCCAGUCGGGAGAGGAGAGCGACGCCGAUAAAGCUCCUACGAACCGAAAAAGUGCGCCCGUCGUCCCUGAACUACUCUCGCCCACCCUUCCUCCAGCUACUCGUAGUCCGCGCUUACCUCCUCUACUCUCUCCAACCCUUCCUUCUGAACUUGAAGAGCAACUAUUGCAAUUCUCAGACGAAUCCGUAAAGGAUACCUCGCCUACGACUGGAAAAACCACCCCCAUCCCUUCGAAGAGCGAUUCUAGUGCCACAAAAUCCAAAUCGAAACAGACGGACCAACAGCAGGGGGACGUAUCUUCCAGCACGAAGUUGAAAGUUCCGAAUGCCAAAGGUGGCAUAAAGAAGUCCCCAAUUCCCGCACCUCCGGCACAGCUCCCCAUUAAAAAAGUGGCUGUCGAUCCACUUCGCAACGCGAUAUCCUCAACCUCUACGCCUAAACCGGCAAUUACCACUCCAGCGGAACUAAAGCUCCUUAUCAAGCUUAAAUACGGUCGCCGGAAUGCGAAGCGGGUCGAAGCACUUUUGAAAAUUGCCAAACGCAGAGCCACCGCAGAGAAACGCCCGGUAAGGCAGAAGCUUCAGGAGGACAUGUCCGAUCAAAAGGACACCCCCACACCGUUGGCUUCAAAGACUGUCAGCAAGCAGCGAGAACCCAUGUCUGGAACCAAGCGUGCUCAAGCGGCAGACGAUAUCUCCCCGCAGGGGCCUGCAGCUAAACGACCAAAGACCGCGGCCACAACGCCUGCUGAUAGUUCGCAAAUACCAAUGCAAAUACCAAAAAGUACCCCCCCUACUUGCAAAAAUUCUGGUCAAAAACCUAAACCCCAGCCCGCUGCUUCGAACAAGGAGCCCAAGGUUAGCCCGAAAGGAGCCUCUAUGCGGCGCACGGAAUCUGGCGAUAGCGAGAUUGGAGCCCCAGCUAGAAACAGUAUCAACACCAAUGAGGAAAAGCCGGUCAACGGACCCUCUCCCGCGUUAUCCACCGAAACCCAGUCCGCCAAACUGGAAUGGCGAGCCUGGCGCGACGAGUGGAAGAAAUAUAUGGAUCUUGGCCGAGAACUAAAGUACGCUUGUAACCCGCAGGCUGAGCGAGGAAAGUCGGUCGACAACAAGCUCGGCACCGUCAUGGCCAUUGAAUCUGUUCUGUGCUUUGCACUCGCGUUCAUAGCAGACAACAAAUCCAACUCCAUCGCUCGCCAGGCCGUCGUAUCGUCGAACUGGUGUUCCCUUAUCCCGUAUUGGCAAGCUGUCACGCAUCGGGCAGCCCCUUAUCCCCAUCUUCACGGACUCUGCUCACUAUUGGGCGCCAUAAUCUAUGAGGCUAUUCACGUCCUCGACCUAGAUACCCUCGCCGCCAUCGCCCUUCCCGGAAGGCCCAGCACCAACUCCAACGAAAAGGACAAGGUCGUCGCAACCCCCGGGUGCGACGACCCAAGCAGUCCACCUCAAACCGUAACCUUGACUGAAAAUUCUGAAGUAAUCCGCAGCCUCAUCGAUCUCCGCAAGCGCCUCCCAGAAUCACACCGCGAAGCCAACCGUCUCUGGCUCGAAGGCUCGCGACUCCUGCCCGACGUGGUGCUUGCGCGCGAGUACAAAGAUACAUGGCUCCGACGAAGUCGCAAUUUUGAAGGGCGAGGCAAACAGGUGCUGAAAGUAGGAAAGUACGCUGGCGAUUUCUUCCUGCCGCUGGCGAAGAGCGGCGCGAUGGCUCCCGGGACGGGGACGACGGGGGUUAUCGAAGCGAUACGGUUUGGCUGUGUUUUCCUGGAGGACUGGUGUAACAAGGAGGGCGUAAAGUGGGCUAGUAAACUGAAGUUAUGA